GUUAAUAAUAAGAAAUGGAAUUAAUAAUAAUGUUUAUUCACUAGAGAACCACUAGUGUUGGACAUCGGGUGCGGACCGGGAAAUACUUCCAAACUGUUGGCCAAAGAGUUAAACCCGGAGCGCAUUGUCGGACUAGACUUUGACGCGAAUGCCAUUGCGUUCGCCAAACAACACAACUCUAUGGCGAACACCGAUUACUACGUUCAGGACAUCACUCAGGAGAGGAACCAAUGGGACAAAAGUGUUCAGAAGUUGGCCGGAAAGGUGUCCCUAAUCUUCUCCAACUGUUCCAUGCAUUGGGUCCGCGAGUCGGACACUGCGGCCCACAAUAUGGCCAAACUAUUGUCAAAUAACGGUAUAAUAAUUAUGAAUAUAAUAUAUUGCGGUCAUAUCUAUCGUAGCCUCGGCGCCGAUAGGAGGGCUGAGUUGGAAAGACGGCUCCGGUAUCCCAACGCACAGCAAAUGAUCGGCCAAUGGGUGACUGCAUUCAAUAGCGCCGGACUCACUCGCAUUGAGAUUAAAUACCGUGAACAAAAUCAUAUAUUACCAGCUAAAAUGUACAAUGAGACCAUUCAAUUUUCUGUCAAUUGGUUUAAACGGUAUCUGACGGACAGUACCGGCGAUGAAGACAUGGAUCAAGUCAUACGAGAGCUGAUCUACAAAGAGAGAGUCCGUGCGGUGUCUGAAAAGUCGCCCAAUGGUGAGGAUAUGAUUGAACUCAAAACUCAAGUGUGGGAUUUUGUUGUUAAAAAAUAACCUAGAUGCUUUGUU